AUGGCAUUUUGCAAAUGUGGUCAAAAUAUUAAACUCAGAUAUCCAUAUAAUGAUGAUUACGUGAAAAGACAUAUAAAAAAUGGUAGUUGUAAAUGGAUUUCACAAAAUCGAGAAAUCACCUAUUUAUUUCAGUUUGCUGAAUCCAGAAAUACGUUAUUCAAAAAGCGUUUUGCAUGUAUUGAAGUAAUACGAAAGUCAAAGUGGCAUAUUGAAAGAGAAACAGUUCGUAAUACUAAGUGUGAAAUUUAUACAUCAAACAUUUCAGAAAUAUGUAGUGAAUGUGUCAAUAUUAAUAAUGAUCAAGUAUUUUGGAAUGCUUUAAACAAAAAACCCAUCAAACCAUCCAAUAUAAAGCAUACUCCAAAAAUAAUAUUAAAUGAAAAUCCAAUUUCAAAAUUUCUUUUUAAUAAAGAUAUUUCCAUAUUAAUGGAAAUACUUGGGACUCAAAAUUCAGAAUGUCAAGAAUCUUUUUGGUUUAAAUUAGGAGAAUUGGGAGAAUAUGAAGCAUUUAAAAAGAAAGCUGUAUUUGAGGGAUUGUGUGAAGUUAUGGUUAAAGCUGCUGAAUGUCAAGAAGCGGGAAAAGGACUUCAAAAUCUUACAUAUUCUGAAAAAAUUCAGAUUCUAUAG